AUGCAAGAUCAAAGGAGCAAGCCUAAGAACCCAUCUGAAUUAGAUUUAUUAAGACAACGAAUCAUUGAUCUCGAAACCGAGAAUGCUGAAAUUCCUGAACUUGGGAAUAAAUUGCUAAAGUUUGCCGAAGUUGAAGUUGAAAAAAAGAGGCUGAGACAGAUUAAAUUGAUCGGC